AUGGACGUGGACAGUCCUAGUAAUCAGCCUGUUACAACAGGUUCAAACGAGACCGACACGGAGAUACGAGAGAAGAAACGCCAAGAAUUUCAGCAGGCGCGCAAAGAACUGAGGGAAUUGGUCGAAGACCUUCCAGACGGGCUCGAUGGACUGGCUGGUGAUAUCACCCAUUUUGAAGAGGAACUCGGGUGUGAUGUCUAUGCGAUCGAGAAGGAGCACCAAUCAUCUGAAGAACGUUACAAAGAUGCCUUGGGAGAAUUCAAGAGACGAUGGAACGACGCUAAGAAGAAUUUCGAACAACCAUUCUACUUUUAUUGUCAACAAGCUGCUCAGGAUGCAGUGGUAGAGCUGCUCUACAGCCCUGUAGAGGCAUUUAUGACUGAGUUCCAAACUCUUCAACAGGCCUCCGAGGUGGAGAUCAAUCAUCCUGAAGUGUCGUUCAAGAAGGAUCUUAACAGCCUUCGAGAGAGGCUCGAGGAACGUAAAUGGACGGCCUUGUGUCUUAAGGAGAAAUUGGGUGAGACGGUGGAGAAGUUGGAAAAUGCAUGUAAGCGUGUGGACGAAUUAGAGAAGCUUGCGAAGCAGUGA